CAACACAAGCUACAGUAUUGUGAAUCCAAAAGUCUACAACGUCUCUCUCUCGCUCUCUCUCACACACACGGUAGAGCUGUCGAUUGAAGUGUCCUGCAAAACUGAAAAGGUAAAGCCAGUAAAGGAAAUGGCAGAGGGAGAUGAGGACUUGCCAAGAGAUGCAAAGAUUGUGAAGUCACUGCUGAAAUCUAUGGGUGUCGAGGACUAUGAACCUCGUGUUAUACACCAAUUUUUAGAACUGUGGUAUCGAUAUGUUGUUGAUGUAUUGACAGAUGCACAGGUCUACUCGGAGCAUGCUGGCAAGCCUGCAAUAGACUGUGAUGAUGUCAAGCUUGCAAUUCAGUCGAAAGUCAAUUCUAGCUUCUCACAACCACCACCACGAGAGGUCUUACUGGAGCUGGCUCGAAACCGGAACAAGGCACCAUUACCAAAGUCUAUAGCCGGACCUGGGAUUCCUCUCCCACCUGAACAGGACACGCUGAUCAAACCAAACUACCAACUUGCAAUCCCAAAUAAGCAAUCUUCCCAAGCAGUUGAAGAAAUGGAUGAGGAUGAAGAAGGUGGUGUUGAUCCUAAUCCGUCACAAGAACAGAAGACAGAUAUGCCACCGCAUACUCCUCAGAGAGUGGCCUUCUCCCUCGCAAAACGUCCCAAGUGAAAGCUUUAUGAUUGAAAGAGCAAAUGGAUCCAUAGGUUUUAACAAAUAGAAAUUGUCAAUGGUAUAUUUACUGUAAUGCUGAUUUGUUUUGGAAUGGUGUUGAAUAUUCUGUUUGAUGCAGAUUCUGCAUACCUUCACUUAGAAUUCCAUUAUGUUUAAGGUUAUAUGGUAAAUCUAAUUGUGUAGUAAUUGUCAACCUUGUGUUCAGACGCUGCUACCAACUUCAAUUCCAUUAUGGGUGUGUGCAGAUUCUGCAUACCUUCACUUAGAA